UCUGUCCAGAGCAGGUGGUGAAUAUUGUGUCCUACUCACAGCAUCUCAACUAUCGGAGCCUGGGAUCUGACUCAAAGGCUGGCCUCCAUCUGAGAACUGAGCGUCCAUUUCUCAAUCCUUGCCGGCUCUGACCCAGGCCUGGGCCACAGGCUGUCCGAGAAUAAGUGGUGCUGCAAUCACUGCUGGGCAGCUGGAGAGAGGAGCAAGGGAGGCGGCAGCCCUGGGGGACAGUGCAUAGGGAGGUAGGUGGGCACCAGCUCUUGUAUCAUUUUACUGGAUUUCCUGGAUUGAUGCGGCUUCAACUUUCUCAUGAAUCUCAAUGAGCUUCCUUGCUAUCCAGAUUCUGAAUUCUAUGUCUGUCAUUUCAGUCAUUUCAGACUGAGCAAAAAACCAUUGCUGGGGAACUAGUGGACUCAUUUGGAGGGACUCAUGAAGUGGCAGCUAAGCCCUGUCCAGUGGCCACCCGUCAACCAAGGGCCAGAGACCAGGAAAGGAGGAAAGGCAGCUUCACUUCCUCUUUGAGGAUGGAGUCACACAGCCGCACGGGAAAGAGCAGAAAAUCCACAAAAUUUCGGUCCAUCUCCAGGUCCCUGAUUCUCUGUAAUGCUAAGACCAGUGAUGAUGGCUCUAGCCCUGAUGAGAAAUAUCCUGAUCCCUUUGAGAUUUCCUUGGCCCAGGGCAAGGAGGAAAUUUUCCACUCAUCUGCGCAGCUGGCAGACACAUCGGAGGCUGGGCCCAGCAGCAUUCCUGAUCUAGCACUGGCCUCUGAGGCUGCUCAACUCCAAGUAGCCGGGAAUGAUCGAGGCAAGACCUGUAGGAGGAUAUUCUUCAUGAAGGAAUCUUCCACAGCUUCCUCUCGAGAAAAGCCUGGAAAACUAGAAGCACAAAGUAGUAACUUCCUGUUUCCUAAAGCCUGCCACCAAAGGGCACGCAGCAACUCAACCAGUGUUAAUCCCUAUUGCACAAGAGAAAUUGAUUUUCCAAUGACCAAGAAAUCUGCAGCGUCCACAGACAGGCAGCCUUAUUCUCUCUGUAGUAACAGGAAGUCCCUCUCUCAACAACUGGACUGUCCAGCAGGAAAGGCUGCGGGAACUUCAAGGCCAACACGGUCCCUGAGCACAGCUCAGCUCGUGCAGCCAUCUGGGGGCCUCCAGGCUUCAGUCAUCUCCAACAUCGUGCUGAUGAAGGGCCAGGCUAAGGGUCUGGGCUUCAGCAUCGUUGGGGGAAAAGACAGCAUUUAUGGCCCCAUUGGGAUUUACGUCAAAACCAUUUUUGCAGGGGGAGCAGCAGCAGCCGAUGGAAGGCUACAGGAAGGUGAUGAAAUUCUGGAGCUCAAUGGUGAAUCAAUGGCUGGACUAACACAUCAGGAUGCUUUGCAGAAAUUCAAGCAAGCCAAAAAGGGGCUCCUCACCCUCACCGUGAGAACCCGCCUGAUGGCACCCCCUUCCCUGUGCAGCCACCUGUCUCCCCCGCUGUGCCGCUCCCUGAGCUCCAGCACUUGUAUCACCAAGGACAGCAGCUCCCUCGCCUUGGAAAGCCCCUCGGCUCCCAUCAGCACUGCCAAGCCCAAUUACAGAAUCAUGGUGGAGGUUUCUCUGCAGAAAGAGGCCGGUGUGGGCCUGGGCAUUGGUCUAUGCAGCGUUCCCUACUUCCAGUGCAUCUCCGGCAUUUUCGUCCACACGCUGUCACCAGGAUCCGUGGCGCACCUGGAUGGACGUCUCCGGUGUGGGGAUGAGAUUGUGGAAAUCAGUGAUUCCCCUGUGCACUGCCUGACGCUCAAUGAAGUCUACACGAUCCUGAGUCACUGUGAUCCUGGUCCAGUCCCCAUCAUUGUUAGCCGACAUCCAGACCCACAGGUCUCUGAACAGCAGCUCAAAGAAGCUGUGGCCCAGGCUGUGGAAAACACCAAGUUUGGAAAGGAGAGGCAUCAGUGGAGUCUGGAAGGUGUCAAAAGGCUGGAAAGCAGUUGGCACGGGCGGCCCACCUUGGAGAAGGAACGAGAGAAGAACUCAGCACCCCCGCAUCGCAGGGCUCAGAAGAUCAUGAUCCGCUCCAGCAGUGACAGCAGCUACAUGUCUGGGUCCCCAGGAGGAAGUCCUGGGAGUGGCAGCACUGGGAAGCCAUCCUCUGACGUGGACAUCAGCACACACAGCCCCAGCCUGCCCCUGGCAAGGGAGCCAGUGGUGCUUUCUAUAGCAUCCUCCAGGCUGCCCCAGGAGAGCCCGCCUGUCCCAGAGAGCCAGGACAGCCACCCACCACUGAGACUGAAGAAACCCUUUGAGAUAUUGGUGAGAAAGCCUACAUCCUCCAAGCCCAAGCCUCCACCCAGAAAAUACUUUAAAAGUGACAGUGACCCUCAGAAGAGUCUGGAAGAGAGAGAGAAAUCCUCAUGCUCUUCUGGGCACACCCCACCCACCUGUGGCCAGGAAGCCAGAGAGCUGCUGCCACUGCUGCUACCACAGGAAGACACAGCAGGGAGAAGCCCUAGUGCCUCUGCCAGUUGCCCAGGACCUGGUAUCUGCCCACAGACCAAGUCCUCCACAGAGGGUGAGCCAGGGCGGAGAAGAGCCAGCCCAGUGACCCAAACAUCCCCGAUAAAACACCCACUGCUUAAGAGGCAGGCUCGGAUGGACUAUAGCUUUGAUACCACAGCCGAAGACCCUUGGGUUAGGAUUUCCGACUGCAUCAAAAACCUAUUUAGCCCCAUCAUGAGUGAGAACCCUGGCCACAUGCCUCUACAGCCCAAUGCCAGCCUGAGUGAAGAAGAUGGGACACAGGGCCACCCAGAUGGGAACCCACCAAAGCUGGACACCGCCAAUGGCACUCCCAAAGUUUACAAGUCAGCAGACAGGAGCAUUGUGAAGAAGGGUCCUCCUGUGGCUCCCAAGCCAGCCUGGUUUCGCCAAAGCUUGAAAGGUUUGAGGAAUCGUGCUUCAGACCCAAGAGGGCUCCCUGAUCCUGCCUUGUCCACCCAGCCAGCACCUGCUUCCAGGGAGCACCUGGGACCACACAUCCGGGCCUCCUCCUCCUCCUCCAUCAAGCAGAGAAUCAGCUCCUUUGAAACCUUUGGCUCCUCUCAACUGCCUGACAAAGGAGCCCAGAGACUGAGCCUCCAGCCCUCCUCUGGGGAGGCAGCAAAACCUCUUGGGAAGCAUGAGGGAGGUCGGUUUUCUGGACUCUUGGGGCGAGGGGCUGCACCCACUCUUGUGCCCCAGCAGCCUGAGCAAGUGCUGCCCUCGGGGUCCCCUGCAGCCACGGAGGCCAGAGACCCAGGUGUGUCUGAGUCCCCUCCCCCAGGGCUGCAGCCCAAUCAGAAAACUCUCCCCACUGGCUCGGACCCGCUUCUAAGGCUGCUGCCAACACAGACUGAGAAAUCUCAAGGUCCAGUGCUCAAGAUGCCAAGCCAGCGAGCACGGAGCUUCCCCCUGACCAGGUCCCAGUCCUGUGAGACGAAGUUACUUGAUGAAAAGACCAGCAAACUCUACUCUAUCAGCAGCCAAGUGUCAUCGGCUGUCAUGAAAUCCUUGCUGUGCCUUCCGUCUUCACUCUCCUGUGCCCAGACUCCCUGCAUCCCCAAGGAAGGGGCAUCUCCAACAUCAUCAUCCAAUGAAGACUCAGCUGCAAAUGGUUCUGCUGAAACGUCUGCCUCAGACACGGGGUUCUCGCUCAACCUUUCAGAGCUGAGAGAAUAUACAGAGGGUCUCACGGAAGCCAAGGAAGAUGAUGAUGGGGACCACAGUUCCCAUCAGUCUGGUCAGUCUGUUAUCUCCCUGCUGAGCUCAGAAGAAUUAAAACAACUCAUCGAGGAGGUGAAGGUUCUGGAUGAAGCAACAUUAAAGCAACUAGACAGCAUCCAUGUCACCAUCUUACACAAGGAGGAAGGUGCUGGUCUUGGGUUCAGCUUGGCAGGAGGAGCAGAUCUAGAAAACAAGGUGAUUACGGUUCACAAAGUGUUUCCAAACGGGCUGGCCUCCCAGGAAGGGACUAUUCAGAAGGGCAAUGAGGUUCUUUCCAUCAACGGCAAGUCUCUCAAGGGGACCACGCACAAUGAUGCCCUGGCCAUUCUCCGCCAAGCUCGAGAGCCCAGGCAAGCUGUGAUUGUCACAAGGAAGCUGACUGCAGAGUCCAUGCCCGACCUCAACUCCACCACUGACUCUGCAGCCUCAGCCUCUGCAGCCAGUGAUGUUUCUGUAGAAUCCUCAGCAGAGGCCACAGUCUACACGGUGACACUGGAGAAGAUGUCUGCAGGGCUGGGCUUCAGCCUGGAAGGAGGGAAGGGCUCCCUGCAUGGAGACAAGCCUCUCACCAUUAACAGGAUUUUCAAAGGAGCAGCCUCAGAACAAAGUGAGACAAUCCAGCCUGGAGAUGAAAUCUUGCAGCUGGCUGGCACUGCCAUGCAGGGCCUCACACGGUUUGAAGCCUGGAACAUCAUCAAGGCCCUGCCUGAUGGACCUGUCACGACUGUAAUUAGGAGGAAAAGCCUCCAGCCCAAGGAAACCACAGCUGCUGCAGACUCCUAGGCAGGACAUGCUGAAGCCAAAGCCAGUAACACAUAGCUCCUAUAACUGCUGAUUCUCAGGGUCUCUGCUGCCGCCCUACCCAGAUGGGGGAAAGCACAGGUGGGCUUCCCAGUGGCUGCUGCCCGGGCCCAGACCUUCUAGGACACCACCCAGCAAAAGGGUUGUCCCUAAAGUAAGGGCAGAGUCACACUGGGGUAGCUGAUACAAAUUGUAGACCGUGUAAAAAGAGAGCUUAAUGAUAAUAUUGUGGUGCCACAAAUAAAAUGGAUUGUGAUUUCAUAUGAAAUUCAUGCCUGGCUUUGAAAAAUGUUUCAAGUACUGUAACUGUGUCAUGAUUCACCCCCAGACAGUGACAUUUGUUUUUCUCAUGAAUCUGCAAUGUGGGCAGAGAUUGGAAUGGGCAGCUGAUCUCUGUUUCACUUGGCGUCAGCUGAAGUCAUGCAAAGGCUGGGACCAUGUGAGAUUACUCACUCAUACAUCUGGCCGUUGAUGUUGGCUGUUGGCUGGGAACUCACCUGGGGCUGGUGGCCUGAAUGCUUAUAGGUGGCCUCUCCUUGUGGCCUGGGCCUCCUCACAACAUGGUGUCUGGAUUCCCAGGAUGAGCAUCUCAGGAGUGCAAGAGCCAUGUAGAAGCUGCAUCUUGUUUAUACCUUUGCCUUGGAUGUCGCAUAGCACCACCUCCACUAUACUCCAUCAGUUAGAGCUGACACAAACCUGCCUAGGCUUAAGGGGAGAGGAAAUAUUGCUGGGGUCAUUUAUGAAAUAUACCAUUUGUCACAUGAAA